UUCUUAAGUAACUGCAGAAGAGAACGAGUGCUUACGUGUAAGGGAGAUAAUUAAAAGUUCUUUAUCUCACUCUUGUAUGUAAGGAGACUCGAAUAAAGGCGUUCUGUAAACUUUCUCCGUGACACCUCACCAACUCGUGUUGUUGUUAUUGAUGUUUGGCUUCUUCAGUCACAGGAACUAAUAACACGACGACGGCUACGGUUUGCCAAGUUCCACGAUGCCGACUUAAGCCAAUAUCUUUGGGACACACUUUAAUAUUUAGAUAUCUCUCACACAAUAUUCUUUUAACGUGUGAAAAGGAGAAAAAAUAUAUAUAUUUAAUAAAAAAACUUUUGGUUGUGAAAAUCGAAAACCAUGAUAAAAGAAUACAGCCCUCUUGUACAGGCACUGCUUGGGACUUUAUUUACAUGGGCCCUCACAGCAGUCGGAUCGGCACUGGUGUUUGCUUUCAGCAGUGGGCAACGAAAAAUUCUUGAUGGCAGUUUAGGUUUUGCUGCAGGGGUAAUGACUGCUGCAUCUUAUUGGUCACUGUUAGACCCAGCUGUGGAAACUGCCCGGGUAUCUGGUGUUUAUGGAAAAGAUGGACAGUAUGCUUUUAUACCUGUGACAAUUGGUUUUGUUUUAGGUUCAUUAUUUGUUUGUCUAGCUGAUGUUUUAAUUUCUAAUACGGGUAACAGUCCAACUAGCAUUGCUUUAGCACUUGACAAUUCCGCAAAAUUAUGGAAAGAUGGAGAAAUAGUUGAGGAGCCAGAGAAGAAAAUUCAAAAUAAAGUUCUGUCAAAAAAGAAUUCUGAUUCUACUAUUCAAAUAGAAGACUUACAGCACAUGCCAUUUCAACGUCGACGCAUGGUUACAGGUGAUCAAGGGCAGCUAUUAAAAGCUAACAACACCCAGGAACCUCUACAAGGUACAGGGGAUGGAAAAGAUACUUUGACUGAAAGUCUGGAAGCAGCAUCAGCUGCAGCAAGCUGGAAGAGAAUUUUACUGUUGAUUGUUGCUGUAACAAUUCAUAACAUUCCAGAGGGUCUUGCAGUUGGAGUAGGCUUUGGUGCAAUUGGCAAAAGCAAAUCUGCAACAUUUGAAAGUGCAAGAAACUUGGCUAUAGGUAUUGGAAUACAGAAUUUUCCUGAAGGUUUAGCUGUUAGCUUGCCCUUACGUGGUGCUGGCUUUUCAAUGUUGAAAGCUUUCUGGUAUGGUCAGCUAAGCGGUAUGGUAGAACCCUUAGCUGGACUCUUUGGUGUCCUGGCAGUAUCAAUUGCUGAACCAUUACUUCCUUAUGCACUGGCUUUUGCUGCUGGUGCAAUGAUAUAUGUUGUAUUUGAUGACAUUAUUCCAGAAGCUCAGCAGUGUGGUAAUGGUAAACUCUCUUCAUGGUGUGCAAUCUUUGGGUUUUGUGUUAUGAUGUCACUGGAUGUUGGACUUGUGUGAGAUGGGAUUUUGGGUCAAUAAAAUAAACAAGUACCAGUUGAGCACUGCUAGGGUCGAUGUAAUCAACUGACCCACUCACCCAAUAUUUCAGGCCUUGUGUCUUGUAUACCUAUAGUAGUAAGGAUCCUCCUCUUCCUCCCCUCCUCUUCCUCCCCCUCCUCUUCCUCCCCCUCUCCUCAUCCUCUUCCUCCUCCUUCUCUUCCUCCUCCUUCUCUUCCUCCUCUUUUGCCAAACUUCUAAGUUACAGGGACAUAAACAUACCAAUGCUGAUUGUCAAGCAAUGGUGGGGAACAAACACAAACACACACAUACUUAUACAAAGCCAUCUGGUUCGCCAGUCCCAGUCAAAUCGUCCAACCCAUGCUAGCAUAGAGAGUGGACGUUAAAUGAUGAUGAUGAUGAUGAUGAUGAUGACAGCAAGCUUAUUUCAGUUUCCGUGUACCAAAUUCACUCAAAGGCUUGUUGGCCCAAAGCUAUAAUAGAAGACACCCAAGAUGCUAUGCAGUAUGUGUGUGUGUGUGUGUGUAUGUGUAUGCAUAUGAUUAUUAUUGAAAUGUGUGUGUGAGUGGGACAUUACCCUGGAACUUGCCAAGAAGACUAGUAACUCUGAAUAAGAACUCAUCCAGAUUUUGGUGAUUAUGCAACUGAUGCCAGGGUGGAAAGUGGAUGCAAAAACAAGAUGAUAAAUAUGUGUGUGUGCAUGAACAUACUUAUAUAUAGAUAUCCCUCAGAAGAGAUUACAACUUUUUUCCAACUUGUUAUGCAUGCGUAUGCACACACAGUGAGUGUUCCAGGUGAUCCAGCACUCCACAGACAUGCACACCCUUACACUGAAUAUGUCAAGGCUGUCCCAUUGAACUGCAGAUACAACUCAAUUUUGCCAGCUGAGUGAAAUGAAGCAAUGAGAAAUAAAGUGGCUUGCCCAAGGACACAGUGCACCAUCAACUAUCAAACUCAUGACCUUACAAUCAUAAAAUGAAUACCCUAGCCACUAUGCCAUGCAUUUUCACAAUAUAUAUAUAUAUCUAUAUAUAUAUAUACGAUGGGCUGCUUUCAGUUUCUGUCUACAAAUCCACUCUAGACUUUGGCUAUAGUAGAUAUUUGGGCAAGGCGCCAUGUGGUAGGACUGAACCCAGAACCACGUGGUUCUGGGUUCAGAAACCAAGCUACUUACCACACAGCCACUGCUGCGCUUGUACAUUUACAUAUAAAAUAUAUA